UCUGACCAACCAUUAGAGAUAAUAUAAUAAUUCCUUAUCUACAAGAAGAACUGACACUGCAGAAAAAGGCCUCCUAUAAAUAUUUCUGCCUUACCAGCGUUUGCUGUUAGUCUAAUUGAAAUCUUCGAAUAGGACACACAUUUUUAAAAACAUGAAAACCUUCCUAGUUAUUUUUGCCAUAAUCGCUGCUGUUGUAGCUGAUGAAUGGGUUCCAAAGAAAUUUGAAGAAAUCAAGGGAAUUCGUGCCGAAUGCUUGGCCUCCAACCCAUUAUCAACGGAACAAGUUGAUAGCUUGAAGGCAUUUAUUUAUCCCGAUGAGGAGCCUGUGCGCAAGUACAUUCAAUGUUGUAGCGAGAAAUUGGAAAUCUUCUGCGAGCACGAAGGAUACCAUGUUGAUCGUAUUGUCAAGCAAUUCAAGUUGAAAAUGGAUGAAGCCGAAGCUACUGCCAUUGUUGAGAAGUGCGUUGACAAGAACGAACAGAAGAGCAGUGCUGAUGUUUGGGUGUUCCGUGGACACAAGUGUUUGAUGGGCAGCAAGAUCGGAGAUGGAAUCAAGGAAUUCGUCCAGAAGGCUAUGGCUAAGAAAGCUUAAGAUGGGUGUGCUGGUGUGUAAAAUAAGAGACUGAGAUAGGAAUUUUGAAUAAAAAAAAGACAAAAUUAAUGAAAACAUAACAAAAA